AUGGGGGACCCACAACGCCACCGGAAACCAAAGGCUCCUUAUACCCUCAAGAAAACCCCUACAGUCACGCCGAUUCCGAAUCGAAUGUAUGAUGCGAACAAUCAUUACGAAUGCGCUCACGGUUGUGGAAAGAUGAUCGUUGCGGGCAAGGUAGCUAAGAAUUAUCUGACCGACCAUGAAGCCAAGUGCGACAUGAAAGAUACACCACAGCCACAAUGGGGCCCAUAUACUCUCGAUGCGCGAGGAGAACUGUUAUGCCGAAGGGGGUGUGGCUACGCGUCGAACGAAGUGAAGGUCAUUUACCGUCAUGAAACGAAGACAUGCUCCAUUGUGACUGGAAAACCACGACCAGCGAAGACUGCCACGUUUCUGGAGAGGAAGAAAGAGGUUGAGGCUGACAAUAUGCCGAUUAAAGGACAACACAAGAGGGAUUUGAACGGCAGGUAUAUCUGCAGACUGGGCUGCGGAGUCUCAUUCAAGAGGAGUUUCCAGACAGUCAAGCAUGAACGGAGAUGUGGCAAGCCUGAGAAACGAAAGAGCUUCAAGAAGCUCUUACAGGACGGGCGUGACGCGUCAGAACUGGCAUAUCCUUUCCUUGGAGAAAUGAAAAGUCCCCUCACACUGGGCAUAUCUUAUCAAAAUUGGAGAGUACAAACGCUGGGCGCCGAGUACUUCGAUAUUCCAGCGGAACAGCCAUACUUCUACCGCAAAAGGCGCGUCCAGACAGACGGGCCUGAGCAGGCUUCUACCGAGGCUUUGGAUGAUGAUGGAGCAGGAAACUUUCAAGAUGAUCUCGAGAGCGAUGACUACCAGGAGUCAGAGGAUACUGAUAGCCGCGAUGGAAGCGAAGAUGAAGAUGCAGAAGGAGGUUGCCGACAUUUCUCGUUCAAAGGCCAGAAGUACAAGUCCGUCUUGCUUCGGAAUAAGGCUGUGCUCAAGGAUCCGAAUACACGACUACCACCAACUGGACCCUGCCCUGGAAUUGAAUGGACACAUGGAUAUGUCAAAUGUCAGGAAAAGGUCGAGCUUGGAAUAAGCAACUAUGCGUUCAUAGAGUAA